AUGGCAGCCAUGGCGUCGCCAACUACGGACAAACCGUCCCUGUCCGACAAGGACAAUGCGGCCGAUUUGAACGGCCACACGCCGCCUGUCUCAGAUUCUGCCAAGAUCGCCCCGACCGAACCCGAUUCUGAAAACAAGACUUCGUCGGACAAGCCUGAUGAUGCGCUUGUCAAUGGCAAGCCGUCGCCGGCCGCAGAGGCAGCUACCCCCAAUGGCGUGACCGCCGUUAACGGAGCUGACGAGAAGCCCGAGGAAAAGGAUGCUCAACGCGAUGCCACACCCGCAGAAGCCAAGACUGAAACCGCACAAGAUAAGCCGGCGGACAGCUCCAAGGAGGACAAAGAGGACAAGGAAGACAAGGAGAACAAGGAAGACAAGGAGAUCAAUGAGAACAAGGAGAACAAGGAAGACAAGUCUGACGGGGAGGAGAAGAAGCCUUCUGAAGAAGCAGUAGCACAAAAAGAAACAGAGGCUGAGCCGGCGGCGCAGGAAAAGUCCGACGUGCAGAUGACAGAUGCUGCCAACGCAGCUGAUGAGGAACCUGCCGCCGCGCCUGCGCCUGCGCCUGCCAAAGAUUCUGCACCUGAAGAGUCUACUGGGAAGAAGGCUUCUGACGAGUCCAAACCUUCCACCGCCAACAACGCCGACGCCGAUGCUGAUGCCGAUGCUGACGCCGAGGCCGACACUGUCAUGACUGAGGACAAGCCCGCUGUCAAGGCGGAAGAGCCCGCGAAGCCCAAGGCUGAGGAGACAUCGGAGGUGCCGCCUUCAUCCGAGGUAGACCUUGGGUCCUCAAGCAUUUCCCAGCUGGCCAUCGAGGGUACCUCACCUGCCAACACAUCAAUCGAGGUGUCCAUGACUGAUGCGCCCUCGACCGACGCGCCCGCAAAGAAUGCUCGGGAACGAGAUGAGGAUAUGGAUGAGGAACCGGCUGCCAAGCGUCCCAAGACGGAGGCCGCGGAAGAAGACGGCGCUGCUACUGCGACUCCCUCUGGCGAGAAUGCCGGUACUCCUGCACCUGCUAAUGACGGUGGCAUGGCACGCCUUAAUUCUAUAUCAAAGUGGAAGGACACGGCGGUUCACGACAAGAAGAUUUCACCUUUCCAGCGCCGCGAGAUUCGCAAGAUUAUCGGUAGGGUCAAGAAGACCAAGCACGGUGGCCAUUUCCGAGAUUCUGUUCCCAAGCUGUGGCCGGCGCUGGCAGAAUCUUACCUGGCAAGGAUUGACAAGCCCAUGGACCUGUCCGAGGUGGAUCGAGGCCUGCGCGACCCCAAUACAAUCUACGUUACGUUUGGCGACAUGAAGAACGACCUGCGGCUCAUUCUUGAGAAUGCCUUUACCUUCAACGGCCCUCAGCAUGAAGUGACAGAUGCCGCAUUCUACGCAAUCCGAACCGUGUGGCAGGAAGCCGUUACUAUUCCCGAAGAGGAGCCCGCGCGACCCAAGUCUGUGGCCAAGCCAAAGCCCCCCCGUGAGCCUCGCGUCUUGCCCGGCCCCGACACUGCCGUGCGGCGGCAAUCCUCAGGCCCAGCAUCCAGCCCACCGCCCCCCGUACCCGAAUCGAAACCGAAGCCGCAGGCCGCAGAGCCCAGCGUUGAUCGUCGCGGCUCAACCGCCACAGACGGAGAUAGACCAAAACGGACGGUAAGGGCUCCGAAGCCCAAGGAUAUCGAUUAUACCACUAAGCCUUCUCGCAAGAAACUCAAGCCCGAAAUGCAAUUUUGCGACGAGGUCCUGGCGGAGCUCGUCCACCCCAAGAACUCGACGCUCAACAUGUGGUUCCUCGACGCCGUCGAUGCUGAAGGUCUGAACAUCCCCGACUACUACUCCAUCAUCAAGAAGCCCAUGGACCUGGGUAAGGUGUCGCGCAUGAUCAAUGCGGGCGACAUCACUAACGCAAAGGAAUUCGACAAGAACGUGCGGCUCGUCUUCCAAAACUGCUACCAGUUCAACGGCCCCCCGGACCAGGGAAACCCAGUGUCCAUGGUUGCCAAGCAGCUUGAGGACAUGUACCUCCAGCAGAUGAAGGGCAAGGACGCCUGGCUGGCGAGAUACGCCAAGGCCAACGCCCCCGCCGCUUCCGCAUCCAACGCCAGUGACGAUGAUGACGAGGACGACAGCGAAGAGGACGAGGCCCCGCCCCCCAGCGUAGACAACUCCAAGGAAAUCCAGGAGCUCAAGGCGAAACUGGAGGAGGAGAGCAGCAAGCUCAACCGCAUGUUUGCCUCGGGCACCCCCCAGGCGCUGAUUGAUUGCCAAAAGGUCAUUGUCGACACCGUGCAGCAGGCUCUGUACAAGGUGGCACAGAGCCAGAACGACGUCAAGACCAAGCACCAGGACAACAAGUCGACCAAGAAGGCCAGCAAGCCCAGCAAGAGCAAGGCGGCCGGAAGCGUUCCCCAGCGCAAGUCUUCCACCCACGCACCGCCGCCCAAAAAGUCGAGCAGUGCGAAGAAACCGGCUCCCAAAAAGAGCCUGUCUGCGGCCGACAAAGAUCAGAUCGCAAGCGCCAUUAACGACCUUGAGUAUCCCCAUCUGGAUCGUGCCAUCGACAUUAUCAAGCGUGACACUGGCCAGAAUGAGAACAACGAGGGCGAGCUUGAGCUGGACAUUGACCAGCUCAGCAACGAGGCUUUGCUCAAGCUGUGGGAACUCUGUAAAAAAGUGCUCCCUGGAUUCGGUAAAGAUUCAACCGCCGCCGCCAAGUCGCCCGAAGUUAAUAGGGCGGUCCCCGCAAAGCAGACUCCUAAAUCGGCCUCGAAGCCCAAGAAGAAUAAACCAAUGAGCGCCCAAGAGCAAGAGGCUCGCAUCGCGCAGCUGACAGCCAUCCAACAGCUGUACAAGCCCGGCCAAGAGCCUGCCGAUGAGGCGCCCCUUGCCGGCGCGCCGAAUCGCCAUGAUGAGUCCAGCGACGACUCGGAUUCCGAGGAGGAGUAG